AUGGACGUGGACGUAGACGUGGAAGUGGACGUGGACGUGGACGUAGAAAUGGACGUGGACGUGGACGUGGACGUGGACGUGGACGUGGAAAUGGACGUGGACGUGGACGUGGACGUCGAAAUGGACGUGGACGUGGACGUGGACGUGGACGUGGACGUGGACGUAGAACUGGACGUGGACGUAGAAAUGGACGUGGACGUAGAAAUGGACGUGGACGUGGACGUGGUUGUGGACGUGGACGUGGACACGUGGACGUGGACGUGGAGGUGGGACGUGGACAUGGACGUGGACGUGGACGUGGACCUGGACGUGGACGUGGACGUGGACGUGGACGUCGAAAUGGACGUGGACGUGGACGUGGACGUGGACGUGGACGUAGAAAUGGACGUGGACGUGGAUGUGGACAUGGACGUGGACGUGGACGUGGACAUGAACAUGGACGUGGACAUGGACAUGGACAUGGACGUGGACGUGGACAUGGACGUGGACGUGGACGUGGACGUGGACGUAGAAAUGGACGUGGACGUGGACGUGGACGUGGACAUGGACGUGGACGUGGCCGUAGUGGACGUGGACGUCGAAGUGGACGUGGACGUGGACCUGGACCUGGACGUGGACCUGGACGUAGACAUGGACGUGGACGUGGACGUGGACGUGGACGUGGACAUGGACGUGGACGUGGAAGUGGACGUGGACGUGGACGUAGAAAUGGACGUGGACGUGGACGUGGACGUGGACGUGGAAGUGGACGUGGACGUGGACGUAGAAAUGGACGUGGACGUGGACGUAGACGUGGACGUGGACGUGGACGUGGACGUGGACGUGGAAAUGGACGUGGACGUGGACGUGGACGUAGAAAUGGACGUGGACGUGGACGUGGACGUGGACAUGGACGUGGACGUGGACGUGGACGUGGAAUGUGGACGUCGAAGUGGAUGUGGACGUGGACCUGGACCUGGACGUGGACCUGGACGUAGACAUGGACGUGGACGUGGACAUGGACAUGGACGUGGACGUGGACGUGGACAUGGACAUGGACGUGGACAUGGACAUGGACGUGGACGUGACAUGGACCUGGACGUGGACGUGGACUUGGACGUGGACGUCGAAAUGGACGUAGACGUGGACGUGGACGUGGACGUGGACGUAGAAAUGGACGUGGACGUGGACGUGGACGUGGACGUGGACGUGGACAUGGACAUGGACGUGGACAUGGACAUGGACGUGGACGUGGACGUGGACAUGGACGUGGACGUGGACGUGGACGUGGACGUAGAAAUGGACGUGGACGUGGACGUGGACGUGGACGUGGACGUGGACAUGGACGUGGACGUGGACGUGGACGUGGACGUCGAAGUGGACGUGGACGUGGACCUGGACCUGGACGUGGACCUCGACGUAGACAUGGACGUGGACGUGGACGUGGACGUGGACGUGGGCGUGGACGUGGACAUGGACGUGGACGUGGAAGUGGACGUGGACGUGGACGUAGAAAUGGACGUGGACGUGGACGUGGACGUGGACGUGGACAUGGACGUGGACGUGGAAGUGGACGUGGAACGUGGACUGGACGUGGACGUGGACGUGGACGUGGACGUGGACGUCGAAGUGGACGUGGACGUGGACCUGGACCUGGACGUGGACCUGGACGUAGACAUGGACGUGGACGUGGACGUGGACGUGGACGUGGACGUGGACAUGGACGUGGACAUAGACAUGGACGUGGACAUGGACAUGGACGUGGACGUGGACAUGGACGUGGACGUGCACGUGCACGUGGACGUGGUUGUGGACGUGGACGUGGACGUGGACGUGAACGUGGUCGUGGUCGUGGACGUGGUCAUGGUCGUGGACGUGGACAUGGACGUGGACGUGGUCAUGGACGUGGACGUGGACAUGGACGUGGUCGUGGUCGUGGACAUGGACGUGGACGUGGUCUUGGACGUGGACGUGGACGACGUGGACGUGGAGGACGUGGACGAGGACGUGGAGGACGUGGACGAGGACGUAAAGGACGUGGACGUGGACGUGGACGUGGUCGUGGACGUGGACGUGGACUUGGACGUGGACGUGGACCUGGACGUGGACCUAGACGUGGACCUGGACGUGGACGUGGACGUGGACGUGGACGUGGAAGUGGACGUGGACGUGGAUGUGGACCUGGACGUGGACCUGGACGUGGACAUGGACGAGGACAUGGACGUGGACAUGGACGUGGACGUGGACGCGGACGUGGACGUAGACAUGGACGUGGACGUGGACGUACACAUGGACAUGGACGUGGACGUGGACGUGGACAUGGACGUGGACAUGGACGUGGACGUGGACGUGGACGUGGGCAUGGACGUGGACGUGGACGUGGACGUGGACGUGGACGUCGAAGUGGACGUGGACGUGGACCUGGACCUGGACGUGGACCUGGAUGUAGACAUGGACGUGGACGUGGACGUGGACGUGGACAUGGACCUGGACGUGGAAGUGGACGUGGACGUGGACGUAGAAAUAGACGUGGACGUGGACGUGGACGUGGACGUGGACAUGGAUGUGGACGUGGAAGUGGACGUGGACGUGGACAUAGAAAUGGACGUGGAAGUGGACGUGGACGUGGACGUGGACGUGGACGUGGACGUGGACGUGGAAAUGGACGUGGACGUGGACGUGGACGUCGAAAUGGACGUGGACGUAGAAAUGGACGUGGACGUGGACGUGGACAUGGACGUGGACGUGGACGUGGACAUGGACAUGGACGUGGACAUGGACAUGGACGUGGACGUGGACGUGGACAUGGACGUGGACGUGGACGUGGACGUAGAAAUGGACGUGGACGUGGACGUGGACAUGGACAUGGACGUGGACGUGGACGUGGACGUGGACGUCGAAGUGGACGUGGACGUGGACCCUGGACCUCGACAAAUGGACGUGGACGUGGACGUGGACAUGGACGUGGACGUGGAAGUGGACGUGGACGUAGAAAUGGACGUGGACGUGGACGUGGACGUGGACGUGGACGUGGACGUGGAAAUGGACGUGGACGUGGAAAUGGACAAAUGGACAGUGGACGUAGAAAUGGACGUGGACGUAGACGUGGAAGUGGACGUGAACGUGGACGUAGAAAUGGACGUGGACGUGGACGUGGACGUGGACGUGGACGUGGAAAUGGACGUGGACGUGGACGUCGAAAUGGACGUGGACGUGGACGUGGACGUGGACGUGGACGUAGAACUGGACGUGGACGUAGAAAUGGACGUGGACGUAGAAAUGGACGUGGACGUGGACGUGGUUGUGGACGUGGACGUGGACGUGGAGGUGGAAGUGGACGUGGACGUGGACGUGGAAGUGGACGUGGACGUGGACGUGGAGGUAGACGUGGACGUGGACGUGGAGGUGGACGUGGACAUGGACGUGGACGUGGACGUGGACCUGGACAUGGACGUGGACGUGGACGUCGAAAUGGACGUGGACGUGGACGUGGACGUGGACGUGGACGUAGAAAUGGACGUGGACGUGGACGUGGACAUGGACGUGGACGUGGACGUGGACAUGAACAUGGACGUGGACAUGGACAUGGACAUGGACGUGGACGUGGACAUGGACGUGGACGUGGACGUGGACGUGGACGUAGAAAUGGACGUGGACGUGGACGUGGACGUGGACAUGGACGUGGACGUGGACGUGGACGUGGACGUCGAAGUGGACGUGGACGUGGACCUGGACCUGGACGUGGACCUGGACGUAGAAAUGGACGUGGACGUGGACGUGGACGUGGACGUGGACGUGGACAUGGACGUGGACGUGGAAGUGGACGUGGACGUGGACGUAGAAAUGGACGUGGACGUGGACGUGGACGUGGACGUGGACGUGGAAGUGGACGUGGACGUGGACGUAGAAAUGGACGUGGACGUGGACGUAGACGUGGACGUGGACGUGGACGUGGACGUGGACGUGGAAAUGGACGUGGAAGUGGACGUGGACGUAGAAAUGGACGUGGACGUGGACGUGGACGUGGACAUGGACGUGGACGUGGACGUGGACGUGGACGUCGAAGUGGAUGUGGACGUGGACCUGGACCUGGACGUGGACCUGGACGUAGACAUGGACGUGGACGUGGACAUGGACAUGGACGUGGACGUGGACGUGGACAUGGACAUGGACGUGGACAUGGACAUGGACGUGGACGUGGACAUGGACCUGGACGUGGACGUGGACGUGGACGUCGAAAUGGACGUGGACGUGGACGUGGACGUGGACGUGGACGUAGAAAUGGACGUGGAUGUGGACGUGGACGUGGACGUGGACGUGGACAUGGACAUGGACGUGGACAUGGACAUGGACGUGGACGUGGACGUGGACAUGGACGUAGGACGUGGAUGUGGACGUGGACGUAGAAAUGGACGUGGACGUGGACGUGGACGUGGACGUGGACGUGGACGUGGACGUGGACGUGGACGUCGAAGUGGACGUGGACGUGGACCUGGACCUGGACGUGGACCUCGACGUAGACAUGGACGUGGACGUGGACGGGACGUGGACGUGGGCGUGGACGUGGACAUGGACGUGGACGUGGAAGUGGACGUGGACGUGGACGUAGAAAUGGACGUGGACGUGGACGUGGACGUGGAAGUGGACGUGGACAUGGACGUGGACGUGGAAGUGGACGUGGACGUGGACGUGGAAAUGGACGUGGACGUGGACGUGGACGUGGACAGUGACGUGGACGUGGACGUGGACGUGGACGUGGACGUGGACGUGGACGUCGAAGUGGACGUGGACCUGGACCUGGACCUGGACGUGGACGUGGACGUAGACAUGGACGUGGACGUGGACGUGGACGUGGACGUGGACGUGGACAUGGACGUGGACGUGGACAUGGACAUGGACGUGGACGUGGACAUGGACGUGGACGUGGACAUGGACGUGGACGUGGACAUGGACGUGGACGUGGACGUGGAAAUGGACGUGGACGUGGACGUAGAAAUGGACGUGAACGUGGACGUGGACGUGGACGUGGACAUAGACGUGGACUUGGACGUGGACGUGGACGUGGACGUAGAAAUGGACGUGGACGUGGAGGUGGACGUGGACAUGGACGUGGACGUGGACGUGGACGUGGACGUCGAAGUGGACGUGGACGUGGACCUGGACCUGGAUGUGGACCUGGACGUAGACAUGGACGGGGACGUGGACGUGGACGUGGACGUGGACAUGGACGUGGACGUGGAAGUGGACGUGGACGUGGACGUAGAAAUGGACGUGGACGUGGACGUGGACAUGGACGUGGACGUGGAAGUGGACGUGGACGUGGACGUAGAAAUGGACGUGGACGUGGACGUGAACGUGGACGUGGACGUGGACGUGGACGUGGACGUGGACGUGGAAAUGGACGUGGACGUGGAAAUGGACGUGGACGUGGACGUCGAAAUGGACGUGGACGUGGACGUGGACGUGGACGUGGACGUAGAAAUAGACGUGGACGUAGAAAUGGACGUGGACGUAGAAAUGGACGUGGACGUGGACGUGGUUGUGGACGUGGACGUGGACGUGGAGGUGGAAGUGGACGUGGACGUGGACGUGGAAGUGGACGUGGACGUGGACAUGGAGGUGGACGUGGACGUGGACGUGGAGGUGGACGUGGACAUGGACGUGGACGUGGACGUGGACCUGGACCUGGACGUGGACAUGGACGUGGACGUAGACAUGGACGUGGACGUGGACAUGGACGUGGACGUGACGUGGAAGUGGACGUGGACGUGGACGUGGACGUAG